AUGGUCGGCGUACUUGUUCAGCAACCAUCGCAUGCACAUGCACCCGCGUUCCGCACAGAUCGUGAUGGCUUGGCCUUUGAAGCACUCUGUGACGACAUCGAGCAUGCAGAUAUCCUAGCCGACAGAGCGAGCAAGCAGGAAGCUCAGAAAGAAGACUUUGCUACAUCAAAGUUUGAUGUUGAUAAGGAUAAGACUCAAUUCCGCCAAUACGAAAGCGCCAGCGACAGAGUUAAGAACUUCUACUUGGAACAGCAUAGCAAGCAAACCGUCGCUUACAACUUGAAGGCACGAAAUGAUUUCCACUCAAAGACACGUGCCAAUAUGUCAAUCUGGGAAGCGAUCGAGCGAUUAAAUACAUUAAUCGAUGAGUCGGACCCUGACACAGAUCUGAGCCAGAUUGAGCACUUGCUACAAUCGGCUGAAGCCAUGCGUCGUGAUGGUUGUCCUCGCUGGAUGCAAAUCACUGGCCUCAUUCACGACCUUGGUAAGCUUCUGUUCUUCUUUGAUGCACAAGGACAGUGGGACGUCGUCGGAGACACAUUCCCCGUGGGCUGUGCCUUCGACGACAAGAUCAUCUAUGGCAACAAGUCCUUCUCUGCCAACCCAGACUUCAACGAUUCUAUCUACGGCACAAAGAAUGGUAUUUACACGCCAGGAUGUGGCCUUGGGAACAUUAUGCUCUCCUGGGGCCAUGAUGAAUAUCUCUAUCAUGUUGUCAAGGAUCAGUCAACCCUCCCUGAUGAGGCACUCGCCAUGAUUAGAUACCAUAGCUUCUAUCCUUGGCAUCAACAGGGUGCUUAUCGGCAAUUCAUGAAUGAACAUGACGAGAAGAUGCUCAAGGCCGUCAAGUGGUUCAAUCCAUACGAUCUCUACAGCAAGAGCGAUGAGAAACCUAAUGCCGAGAAGCUGAAGCCAUACUAUCUGGAGCUCAUCGACGAGUUCUUCCCACAAAAGAUCAUUAGGUGGUAG